GAAUGGAAACCAUUGGCAUGGCCGAAAUCCAAGGUUCUACGUGAUUUUCACCUGCAAUCUCAAGAAGAGAGAUGUCGCAGGCCUUGACCCUUCCCCUACAUCUGGGUUUUCCGGCCUUAAAAGCCAAGCCAACUUGGCUCAAUCUCCGCCGUCCCGCCUCAUGCUCCUCAAUUUCUCCUCCGCGUAAUCUAGAUUUCUCUUGCGUGAGGAGAUGCAGUGUGCAGCCAAUUCUUGACCUCAAAGCUGGAAAAGGCAUGAGUGGAUUUCAUGAGAUUGAGCUUAAAGUCCGAGAUUACGAGCUGGAUCAGUAUGGUGUUGUUAACAAUGCUGUUUAUGCAAGUUAUUGCCAACAUGGUCGUCAUGAACUACUGGAAUGUAUUGGUAUCAACUGUGAUGUAGUUGCACGCAGUGGUGAUGCAUUAGCUUUGUCAGAGCUGUCACUGAAAUUCCUUAAACCUUUAAGAGUAUAAUUCUGAUCUUUAUAUUUCCAACUGCUGAAUUUCUUGCCCAUUCAUAUGUUGCUUUAUUCACUUAACCCUCCAAGGCAUGAAUACAUUCUGCCAUCACUCAAACUUCUUUGUUACCUUCAGAUUCAGUUCGAAAGGGCUUCAUCUGAGGGGUUAGAAAGAAAUUCUUGAUGAUACAAUUCUAAGUUUAUGGAAGAAAUUGUUACAUGCCAACACAUACAUUUUACAUGAAUCAUUGCUUGAACUAGUGAAGAUUGAUGAAAAGGGAUUAGCUCAUAUCCCUCCAACGUGUAUGCUGCAAUUUUUGAUAGCCUUUUAUCCCUGUUGGUAAAUACCUUUAGCAAUCUUACUUAUCCGUUCCAGUGGUGCUUCUCUGCAUGCAGAGUGGAGACAAGUUUGUUGUGAAAGUGAGGAUCUCAGGUUCCUCUGCUGCUCGCUUUUACUUUGACCAUUUCAUUUUUAAGCUACCAAAUGAAGAGCCUAUUCUGGAAGCAAAGGCAACAGCUGUCUGGCUUGACAAAAAUUACCGCCCUGUUCGUAUACCGCCCGAGUUCAGAUCAAAACUUGGGCAGUUCCUUAGCCAGGAUGAGUCUAAUUGAUUUACUCAACACAUCAAUCCAUAUUCUUAGAUGGGAAUUCCCAUUCCGUCUAUACAAUUCCCUCUACACAAUUACAAGUGUUCUUCAUUCUGAAAUUUUAUAUCACAAUUAAGAUUUUGGUUACCCUUUUUUCCUCUGGAGUUGCUGAGGAAUGAUUGAUGUUAUUCAGUUUUCUAAGAGUUUAAUUUAAUAAAUAAUUUAUUAACUU